AGUAUAUAAAAUAUAAAACAAACUAUGAGAAAACCAUUGGUUCUUAUUCAAAAAAUUUGGCUUAUUUAGUUUUUGGCUUUAACGGAGCUCGACUAGAAUUAGCAAUUAUCCCAGCUUUGCUAAGCAUCUGCACGCUUUCUGAAGAUGAUGCGCUAUAAUUCCAUGCCUUUCCAAUAGGAUAUGUCAAUUGUAUUUACGUUUUCUGCCUAAAAACGUAAAUUUUUUCAUUUUAAUUAAGUCAAACGCCAAAAGUAACCAUUGUUUUCUUUCGAUAUAUCGAUACUAAGAAAACCAUAUCGAUGUCUUCCCAAAAUUAAAAAAUAUCGAUUAUAACGAUACCGAUCCCAUAUUUUUGCAGCACUGGAUUACAAUAAAAAAAAACUCAGCAACCCAACCACAUUUGUAAGUUCUUAUGCUUCAUAAUAUCAGACGUAUAAGGUGUCAAAAAAAAAGGGAGAAAAAAAAAUGGAACGCAAAAAUUUAACUUUUUCUGAAUCCGGUUGCAACGACCGUUCGAAUGCUGAAGAAAACUCUUCCUUGCAGUCGCCGAAUAACGAAGCAACUAUGGACGAAGGCGCCAACUCGAAUGAGGCGAAUGGCCAAAAUGCGGCAGCUAAUAAUGGGAACGUGGCAAACGGCACAGCUGGAAAUGGGGGGUCGCAGAAUGCAUUCCCAAAUCGAAACAUAAGAAUGAUUAGAAUUGCUCGUGCGUAUCGUGGCUCCAACGACCGUUCGAAUGCUGAAGAAAACGCUUCCUUGGAGUCGCCGAAUAACGAACCAACUAUGGACGAAGGCGCCAACUCGAAUGAGGCAAAUGCCCAAAAUAGGGCAGCUAAUAAUGGGAACGCGGCUAACGGCACAGCUGGAAAUGGGGGAUUCCAGAAUGAUCCGUUCCCAAAUCGUAUCAUAGGAGAGAUUACAAUUGGGCGCGUUUAUCGUAAUGCUUCUAAUGAACCGUUGAUUAUUGUCUCUCCACCUCGAGCCAUAACCACAACGAUAGAUCCUUCAGAUGAUGUAGACAUGGAUAACGUUAUAAUUGUAAGUGCAAAUAUAAAUCUGAUGCGUGGGCGUGGUCCGCCUGGAAACCAGCGUCUCCCAAGUCGCCGUUUAAAUCCGGUUAUCUUCUCGGAUAGCGAUACCGAUGAUGAUUCUUCAACAAGUUCCCAAACUUCUAAUAAUUCCAAUGCUGCAGCCGGUGCCCGAGCUUCAACCGGUGCUCAACGUCGAGUCCGUGCCGAACGUCUAUUCCGUAACCAACUUCCCAUCCGUAACCAACCUCUAAUCCGUGAACAACUUCUAGUCCGUGAACAAGCUCCAAACCGUGAACAAUCUCCAAUCCGUGAACAAGCUCCAAACCGUGAACAAUCUCCAAUCCGUGAACCAGCUCCAAUCGGUGAUCAAGCUCCAAUCCGUGAACAAGCUCCAAUCGGUGAGCAAGCUCCAAUCCGUGAACAAGCUCCAAGCCGUGAAGAGCCUCUAGUCCUUGCCGAACCACCAGUCCGUGAUGAGUCUCCCGUCCGUGGCGAACUCCCAAUCCAUGAACAACCUCUAGUUCGUGACCAAUCUCUAAUCCCACUCGAACCACCAGCUGAACCCUUUGGUGGCUGUGCCCCUAACCGCCACAGGACCAUCGGAAGCACUCCUCGCAACCGCAUUUACAACCAUGAUCACUUUGAUACUUCCUACAAGUGUCCUAUUUGCUUCGAGAUUGUCCGUAGACGUGAGCCGGUUUCCACAAAAUGUGGCCAUGUGUUCUGCCGCAUCUGCAUCAGGAUGGCCCUAAUUUCUAGAAGGAAAUGCCCACUGUGCAACAAGCAACUGGCCAUGACCGAUAUGUUCCGCAUUUAUAUCUAAUGAAUUAUUUAAUAUCUAUCUUUGUAUUUGUAAUAUCGAAUUUCAUAUAAAAUACUGACGAUAAUUAACUCACUUUGGGAUGCAAUCAAUUCAUAUCCAUAUCAUAUGAAUAUAUUUUAUAUAUAUUGAUAUAUAAACUGUCUAAUUCGCAGAGUUAAUUAAAGUUCGUAUUUUAUAUGAGAUUAAGGAUUGAAGAUUACAAUAUUAAAAAAAUAACAAUUUUUCUAUAA